GCUUCAUCGUUUUGAUCGCAGUGGAUUUGUUUACGAUUAUUAACGAGUCAAUAAAUGAUGCCAAUGCAUCCACGCGAUAGAAAAGAUAAUAAUCACGGAGAAAUGGAUGUGGACUAUCCAGAGCAGUUGGCGAGCAGUUCAGAUGAAGAGGACUCGCUGAUCUCGUCCGCUUCUGUGGAUGGAGACACUUCAGACAUGGAUGAUGAAGACUGUGAAAGAAGGCGAAUGGAGUGUUUAGAUGAGAUGACAAAUCUUGAGAAGCAGUUCACAGACCUCAAGGAUCAUUUGUAUAAAGAGAGGCUCAGUCAGAUGGAUCUUAAAUUACAAGAAGUCAUAGCUGGCAGUGCUCCAGAAUACCUCGAACCCUUGGCCACCCUACAGGAGAACAUGCAGAUCCGAACCAAAGUCGCAGGUGUCUAUCGUGAGCUCUGUUUGGAAUCUGUCAGAAACAAAUAUGACUGUGAGAUGCAAGCAGCAAGCCAGCAUUGGGAGAGUGAGAAGCUCCUACUUUUUGACACUGUACAAAGUGAACUGGAGGAGAAAAUCAGGCGAUUGGAGGAGGACAGACACAGUAUAGACAUAACUUCAGGACUGUGGAAUGAUGGUCUGCAGUCUAGGAAGAAUAAAAAGAAGGAUCCCCUCAGUCCUGGAAAGAAGAAAAAACCUGCGGUUGUUUCUGGACCAUACAUUGUUUACAUGUUGCAAGACCUGGAUAUACUUGAAGACUGGACUGCCAUAAGAAAGGCUAUGGCUUCAAUGGCUCCCCACAGAGUAAAAGUUGAUGUUCCUCUGAAAUCUGAGAAACACCAUCAUGUUGCCCGGUCAGAGGAUGGACGUCUGUUCUAUGACAACAAAUGGUACACCCGAGGUCAGGCCAUAUCCAUAAACAGGAAGGACGAGUACCCCACCAGUGCCAUAAUAACAACUAUUAACCACGAUGAAGUUUGGUACAAACGUCUGGAUGGCAGCAAAUCAAAGCUUUACAUUUCUCAGCUCCAGAAAGGCAAAUAUACUAUACAGCUUUCAUAAACUUUCUCUUCCUCUGCCCACUACCCCUCUGUUUUCAGUGUCAAAACUGAACCUCGACUGGUUCGACCAUGACUACACUUUCAUGGAGGGACUUAGAAGGUCUUACAGUACAUGCAUGUACCAUAUGUUUGCAUGUCAGAGCUGCUAAACAAACACCUGGUUGCCAAGGAAACAGUUAAAAUGUAUAUAUGCUGUAUGUGUGUGUGUGCGUUGAUUGAAAGGAUGAGGCGGUAAAGCCUUGUUGAAAAUAGAGCAGAAGAGCAGCCCCACUUAACGCAAUGCCCUGCUGAUAUUGAUUUUAUUGAUCACGUCACUGUUUCCAUGCCUUGUAUGAAAUACAGAUUGAGUUUUUUAUUUGUUGAUUUAUGGUGCAGCAUGCUUUUCUGUUCUGACACUAGUUGGCACCAUAUGUCCUGUUCUGGGUCGGUAUGAUGCAUACUUGAAAAGUUCAUGUAUUAAAAAACGAGAUGUUCGUAAAGCUCUGUUGGACUAACGUGUUAUUUUUCUACUCUUCAUCAAAAUUAUAGACAGCAACUUGUUUGUUCACUCUUAAAGACUAUUAAAUCUGUAUAACUGUAUUUCUCAGAAUGUCAUAGCUCAGUGUUAAUGUAAUGGGGCUUGUUCAUGUCAAAAGUCUCUUUUUUUUUAUUUUAUUUUUGUAUAAAGUGUCAUAUUAAGUGAUCUUUCAAUUUGUAAGUAUUAUUUCCUGCCAUGCCAACACCAGGAGCCAAUUGCAACUAUCCCCUCUAAAUAAAUAAUAAUAAAAAACUUGAUGGUGAUGGUACUGCUUCAUUUAAAACAGAAGGGGUUUGUUUCAACCACUUUGGUUGCAACUUGGAACAGAGAUGUAGCAUCUUUGUUUCUGAGCCUUUGAUCAAAUGCAUGUGAUGUAUUGAUGUCACGUGUGUUGUGUACCAGAGGACUUGCGACUCAUUGUCUUGCUAUGAAAACAUUCUUUGUUUCUGUUAAAUGUUGGAUUUUUAGAGUGCCCAGACAAAUUUCAGCUAGAGACUUGCAAAUGUGAAAACCUUGAACGUUGCACUGAAAUGUUUUUCAGUAUGAUUCACAUUCAUUUUACAGUAUUUUAGCUUUUAGAAUGCAAAAAGAAAGUGAAGACCACAUAACUUACUGUAGCUGCAUUAUCUUUAUUCUUGUUUUUAAAUGUGCUUAAAAUGAUGCAAUACACUACACAAAGCCUGCCAAAAGAACAAAGUCUUCCAGAAUUUACAGAGCCCAAAGGUAGACGCACAACCAUUUCUUUAAUAUUAAUCUCCUCCUAUUAACAAAGUCAGUCAUAUCUGGGCAUUGUGUGGAGUUUGAAAGAAAUGAAGUGACCUGUAAAUUGUGAUUUUUAUAGAAGAUAAAGGUUUAGAAGAGGCUCUGAUAGGACUGUGAAUGAACUGAAAUGAAUACUGUUCUCUGGAGUUUGAGUUGAAAUAUUCACAUUGGAAAUGUCAUGUUCUGAA